AUAUUUAAAACCCUCUUCCGUUUUUGGACUUCGCUGCCACUUGCCUCUGUGAGGCUGUGAGCUGAAGACUACGAGCUCGUGUAAGGCUUCCUCAUUUGCUACGGCUGCGAGAUCGAUCAAGGACUCCGUUGGAGGAGGGCGAAAUCUGAAGGUGGAAGAGGGGCGGGGAGAGAUCCGGCGAUCUCCAAGUCGAACGCGGCGGGAGAGCCGAUGGCGAGCAGGGACCAUCCGCCGCGUCGCCAGCGACCAGGGCCAUGGCCUCCGGCCACCGACGCCGCGCAACAGCCGCCGCCGCCGCAGCUCUCCUGGGCGAGGAGGACUGGGUUUAAGGGCACGGUCUCCGGCGAGUCCGACGCUAGCGAUUCUGGCCAGAUUGCGCUCCCCAAGCCGACAGAAUCAGGGAGCAAGGUGGAUCUGGAAGCAGGAACUCGGGAAGGUUCCUCCACAGCGCUUCCUACGCCGCCUGUACCUUCCGUGGGGGAGCAGGAGAGCAAGGAGAGAGGCGCAAUUGUACCAGCGCCUGUAGAUCAGAGUCAUCAGACGGCGAGGAGGAGAAGCGCCGGUUCGGGACCUAAUGGACAUGUGGUACGGUUCGAUACUCGACCGAGGGAAAGAAGAGAAGAGGAACCUGCUACAUUGCCUCAACUAGAGGAAGAGGAAGGGCUUGCUCUGCGUCAAUCGCACAUUAACUAUGAGCUGAGAGACAGUCCUGGUCUUGUACCGGUCAUAUUCUAUAGUCUGCAACACUAUCUUUCCAUACUGGGUUCUUUGAUUCUGAUCCCGCUUGUUAUAGUUCCAGCUAUGGGGGGAACUUAUGAGGAUACUUCAGCUGUGGUAUCGACGGUGCUUUUGGUUUCAGGGCUGACAACAUUGCUACAUACAUUCUUUGGAACAAGGUUGCCACUGGUGCAGGGGCCUUCCUAUGUUUAUCUGGCACCUGCACUGGCAAUAAUCAAUUCUCCAGAGUUCCAGGGUCUUAAAGAAAAUAGUUUUAGGCACAUCAUGAAGGAACUACAAGGAGCUUUAAUUGCUUCUUCUGUAUUUCAAGCAAUGGUGGGAUAUACUGGACUUGCAUCAUUGCUAUUAAGGUUCAUCAACCCUGUUGUUGUAUCCCCAACAAUUGCAUCCAUUGGCCUAUCGUUUUUUGCUUAUGGUUUCACUCAAGUAGGCACCUGCUUAGAGAUUGGCAUGUUGCAGAUACUACUGGUUGUUAUAUUUUCACUAUAUUUUCGGAAGAUACGCAUAUAUGGUCAUCGUAUAUUCUUGAUACAUGCUGUGCCAUUAGGCCUGGGGUUCACAUGGCUCAUUGCUUUUCUUCUCACAGAGCUUGGAGUUUACAGUUAUAAAGGUUGUGAUGCAAAUGUACCUGUCUCAAAUACUGUCACAGCUUACUGCAGGAAGCAUGUGCCAAGAAUGAAACACUGCCAUGUUGAUACAUCUCACGCCUUAGGAUCUGCUCCCUGGUUUAGGUUUCCAUACCCACUGCAGUGGGGUACACCUAUUUUCAAUUGGAGGAUGACCCUAGUGAUGUGUGUGGUAUCUAUAAUUGCAUCAGUUGACUCUGUGGGAACAUACCAUGCAUCAGCUUUGUUAGUGGCCUCAAGACCCCCUACGCCUGGAGUAGUUAGCAGGGGUAUCGGUAUGGAAGGCAUCUCUAGUGUCUUGGCUGCACUUUGGGGCACAGGAGUCGCUUCAACCACUCUCACUGAGAAUAUUCACACUAUUGCUACAACUAAAAUGGGUAGUCGGAGAGCUAUUGAGCUCGGUGCUGUCAUUCUCAUUCUGUUAUCUUUUGUUGGGAAAAUAGGAGGAUUUAUAGCUUCUAUCCCAGAUGUCAUGGUGGCUGGUCUUCUUUGCUGUAUGUGGGCCAUGAUUGCUGCUCUGGGGUUGUCAAACCUGCGAUACAGCGAGACUGGAAGCUCCAGGAAUAAUAUCAUAAUUGGCCUCUCAUUGUUUCUCUCAUUAUCAGUACCUGCCUACUUCCAGCAAUAUGGACUUAUUCCAUCUUCAAAUUCAUCCGUUCCAAGUUACUUCCAACCAUAUGCUGUUGCCUCUCAUGGACCUAUUCAUACAAGAUCUCGAGGGGUGAACUAUGUUCUGAAUACUUUGUUUUCAUUUCACAUGGUGAUUGCAUUUAUUGUUGCAUUUAUUCUUGACAACACUGUUCCUGGGAGCCGUCAAGAACGUGGAGUAUAUGUUUGGUCUGAACCAGAGGCAGCAAAAAGGGAACCAGCCAUUACCAAAGACUACGGCUUGCCUUUCAGAAUCGGACGUAUGUUCACAUGGGUGAAAUGGGUUGGCUUAUAGCACAUUGCGGACGGAAAAGAUCCAUUACCAAAUUGACAGUUUUAACUUCAUUCUUCCUUCUGCCACUACUAGUCUACUAUUGGAUCUUGUUCUAGGUUUAGCGAUUUCACGAGUGAAUUUUAUGUAUAGUAGAACGAGUUAUGACCUUUCUAUUUCCCUGUGUAUAGACUGCUGGUGUCAGUGAGAAAACAUUCACUUAUUUUUGUGGUUUUCUUUUUCA